UGUUGGUCAAAUGCAUGGCUCUUUCCAUAGGCUCUACAGACCAGGUUUUGGUUCAUGCCUACAUAGCAGUAGAAAUUUUGCUUCAUCAUAUCAUUGAAUGAGAAUUUCAUCAUGAAUUCGAGUUUUGCAGGUUUAGAGUGAAGUCAAAAUGGUGAAGACUGUUAAGAAGAAACAGAAAUUUACUAAAUCGAAUUUUAGAGUAGAAUCCUAUGAGCCAACAAGGGAUUUUGUUGACUCUUCGCCGACCGAGGAGCAUUAUGGGGUCGCAUAUGACGUCGAUGAUUUACCAAAGAUUGCCAUGGUGCACACGUUGGACCGUCCAGUACAGCCAACAUCAAAGAGAAGUACUGUGAUAGAGAUCUAUCCAGGGGGUAUUUUUCAACCCGGUGUGGUGGUCUCUUCCAAUGCCACGAGUAGUUUUGAUAUUGGGAUGUCAGGAGAUGGAGUAACUGCGCAGAGUCAAGAUUUGUUUCAAGAACAAGAACCAAAUGAUUGCGAAGAUAAUUUUGGAGAACUUGACCGUAACAAUGAAGGAGGGAAAUUCCUCCCAAGCCAUAAUGCUAUGAACAUGUCAAGAAUAAAAAGUAGGAAAAAUUUAAGGAUCCAGAUGAAGAAAGAUUUUUUAACAUCCGACCUUCAAAGUAUGAGAAAAGCUAGUGCAAAGUACGGUGAUUCGACAGUUUAUAGUACAUCAUACAAGACGAACAGGCUAACUCGUCCAAAGGACUGUCAUAGACGUAAAAGCUGGUCAUAUGUCUAUCAGAGGAAUACUUUUGCUAAAGACAGACACGGAGAUGAAAUGUCAGAAAAAAAUCGGAAUUUAUAUACUAAUGACAAAUAUCAAUCAAAAAAAUUUACCUUUGGAGAUGGAUUCAAGGUUAAGAAGGAGAUUGAAAACGAUACAAUGUCGUAUUCUAAAUUUAGCCACGCUGACAUUAGUGACCAUUUCGAAGAUGAAAAUAUCUCAUUUGAUUUUCAAAACACAGACCAUAUUCAGAUGAAAGAAGCACAUGAAAUGUAGUUAGAAGUGAUAGAGAAAAUAGUACUCAUAUGUGAGUUAGAAUUACC